AUGGAGAUUAAGACUCGACUGGUUAGUGAAUCGUCACACCUUGAAACUGUCUCCAUUGUUGGAGUGGGCGGAAUGGGUAAGACUACUCUCGCGAAAGAAGUUUAUGAUGAUGCAUAUAUCCAAUAUGAUUUUCAUAUUCGUGCAUGGGUGACAGUGUCUCAAGAAUAUAGCGUGCGAGAAAUCAUACUAAGCAUUUUCAAUUCCAUACCAAAAAGCACUGAUAAGAUGCAAAAAAACGAAACUCACGGGAGACAUGAAGAGAACACUGAGGGAUUAAAAGAACUUCUAUACAAGAGUCUGAAGGGAAGAAACUAUCUAAUUGUGAUGGAUGAUGUACCUUCUCUUCAUCACGUGCAUUUUCUAAACGAGGAUGAAAGUUGGACUUUAUUUCGUAAGAAUGUGUUUGGAGAAAAUAGUUUCCCUCCUGAAUUUGAAACUACUGGGAAGAACAUUUGCAGAAAUUGUCGAGGAAUUGCACUAUCAAUCAUUGUGAUUGCGGGGCUCCUUUCGAAGGCCACCAAAACACAUCAUGAAUGGGAAAAGAUUGCUGAAAACAUAAGUUCAGUAGUAACUUCAAAUGAUGAGCAGUGCUCAAAAGUAUUGCACUUAAGUUAUAAAAAUUUGCCUCAUCAUUUGAAAUGUUGUUAUCUCUAUAUGGGGAUUUUCCCAGAAGAUUUUAACAUCCCUGUCUCCACACUUUUCAAGUUGUGGAUUGCUGAGGGAUUCGUGAAGUCCAUGGGAUCUAAAACUUUUGAAGAUGUGGCAGAAGAAUACUUAUUGGAUCUUGUACAUAGAAGUCUUGUUAUGGUUUCUAAGGAGAGUUCCAGAGGUAAAAUAAAAACAUGCAAGCUUCAUGAUCUUUUAAGGAACUUAUGCACAAAUAAAGAUAGAAGAGGAAAUUUUUUUCCUGUCAGCACCCGUGGAAUUCCAAUUAGAGAUUAG